ACGUUUCCAUUAAGGCACAUUUCCGUCAAGGCGGCGCAUGCGUGUGAUCUGAUGGGUCGGGCCCGCGUAUGCGAGGCCUAGAGCGUGUGUGGGACGGGGCUAGCGCUGGGCCGGCUUCGUGUGCGCAGGCCGGACGCCGGUGGGGGCGCAGCUGUGCCGGGAACCUAUGCGUGUCGGGGACGGGGCCUUGUUCGGAAAGGGCGGGGCUUGUUUGUACGUGGGGGUGGGGCCAUGCUGCGUUGGAGGCGGGGCUACACAGGCGGGGCUUGGCCGCGUGUGUUUUCGAGGGAGCGAGAUCGGCUGUCGGGACGGGGCUCAGAGGAGGAGGCGGGGCCACGCAUGCGUCAGGGUGUUUGUGGUUGGGGAACCAGGCUGCGUCGGGGCGUGGUUUCGAGGCGGCCUUGGCUGACGUCGAGGCGUGGUUAGAGGGGGCGGACCCAGGCAGCCUGCGUCGGGGUGGUGCUUCGCGGCGCGGGCUUUCUGAGCUCGUGUAGGAGGCGCGUGCUGAUUCCUGCCGGGCCGCCAUGGACCCCGAGAGCUCCCGCCUCCUCCCGGCCCUCUGCGCCGUGCUGGCUGACCCCCGGCUGCCCGAGCCUGAUGACACGUGUCUGGAGAAGCUUCUGGACUGGUUCCGCUCCUUGGCCGCGGCAGGGCCCAGCCUGCGACUACUGCAGGAGCACCCCUGCCUGGUGGAGCUGUUGAGGCGCUCGGCUGAGGGCCCGGAGCCCAGCAGGCCCGUGUUCGCAUUCUCCCUGCGCCUUGCGGGCGUGCUUUCAGCCCAGGAGAGCUGCUUCCAUCUCCUGCAGGCCAAGCUGCUGCCCCUGCUCUUUGGGGAGCAGGGCGCCCCUGGCCGUGAGGCCUGGAUGGCCCCCACAGUGCGCAGCGCCUGGAUCCAGGGCCUGCACUCUCUGGCCCAGCACCCCGGCGCCCUGGGCUUCCUGGCCGAUCUCGGGGCCGUGGACCGCCUGCUCACCCUGCAAGGGGACCCCAGCCUGUUUGUGGUCACGGCGGCCGGGCAGCUCCUGGUGCACGUCCUGGGCCUGGCCCUGCAUAACUGUGGUCCCCCCUGCGGCCCCCCCCUGGACCCCCAGUGGCCUCUGCUCGCCAGCUCGCUGCUGGCUCAGCUGGAAGAGGCCCUGCAGCCCGCGUCCACCCCGCAGCUCCUGCAGGCGUUGGGCGUGCUGACCAACGCAUUCACCUCUUGCCCUGCCCCAUGGGCCCCGGCCCUGUGGGGGAGGCUGAGGCCCGCCAUGACCUGCCUGCUGGAAGGACAGCCCCUGCAGGCCCCCCACGCACUUGGGGACCUCCUGCUCGCCGUGGCCCGUUCCCCAGAGGUGGUCGUUGACCUCGGCCCAUGGGAGAUGCUGGCACUGGUGCUGGGCCGCCUGGAGCCCUCACAGGGCGGGCAGCUGGCCCUGGGCGUGCUGCAGCUGCCAGAGUGCCCCCAGGCUCUGAGGGCCCAGGCCUUCGGCGUCCUCCUCCAGCCCCUGACCUGUGUCCUGAGCACCAGCACUGAUGCCCCAGGACUGCAAGAACUGCCGCCCAGCGCAGUGGGGGGCUCGGCCUCCUUAGACCUGCUACUGGCCUCCCGCUCAGCCUGUGUUGGCCUCCUGUGCUGUGCCCUGGCCCGCCUGGCCCUGCUGCCGCCGCUGCCCUGGCGUCCCUCGCCCUGGCCGCAGGCCUUCCUGCUGGGCGCUGUGGUGGCCGUGCUGCGCUCCUGCAAUGGCCAUGUCCCGAUCUCGGCUGCAGGGGGCCGGCUCUGUGCUGCACUGGUGGGCUGUGAACGGGUGCAGAGGGCAGCCCUGGACCUACUGGGGGCGCUGGCCCAGGAUGCUGGCCCCCCUGAGCUGGUGCUGGAGGUGUGUGGCGUCCUGCUGGAGCACGUGGACAGUCCUGACUCCAGCCCCACGGUCCUGAAGAAGGCCUUCCAGGCCUCACUCACCUGGCUUCCACACGCAGACAAGAAACCCCACCCCUGUGGCCUGCAGGUCCCCGCCCAGCUCUUCCUCCCAGAGCUGCUCCAGGUGCUGCGGAAGCGGCUAUGCAGCCCCAGCUGGGAGGUGCGUGACUCGGGCCUGGAGUUCCUGACGCAGGCUGCCAGCCUCUGGGCCGGCCAGGCUGAUUUCAGGCAGAUGCUCCAGGCCUCUGAGGUGCCCCCACUGGCCAGGCAGCUACUGCGGGACCCCGAGAGCUAUGUCCGCGCCAGUGCCGUGAUCGCCGUGGGCCAGCUGUCCAGCGGGGGGCUGUGGGCCCACCCUGGGGACCAACAGGGGAGCCCGCUGGAGGGGCUGCUGGACAUGCUGGACACGGACCCCGACGCCUUUCCACGCAGGGCCAUCCUGCAGGUGCUCACCGCCUGGCUGCGGGACACCCAUGGCCCCCUGGCCGCCCAUCCUGAGCCCCUGCUGGCUCGUGCCUUCCAGGCCGCCGGACGGGACCCGGACUGGGAGGUGCGGGCACGGGGCCUGGAGCUGGCACGGGAGUUCCUGGUGCAGACACUGGGCCGGAUAGGUGUCCCCUGCCCCUAUGUGCCCACCCCGCUGCUAGACACCCCGCCUGCGGACACCCAGGCCCUGCACCCCGCCUGCCGCACUCGGCUCUUCGAGUUCGUCUUCCCGGCCCUGUUUGACUAUGACCGGCCCGUGGCCCGCGCAGCCUGUGAGCUGCUGCUGCUUCUGAGGGCUCAGACCACCACCUGCGCCACCCCACCACAGGCGGGGGAUACCCCUGACCCCGCCACUGUGGAGGCGGCUCUGCACUGUUGGCGGACUGGCGAGGCAGGCCGGCCCCUGGGGGAGCUAGUGCCCCAGGCUGUGCUGGCCGUGCUGCAGGCCCUGGACCUGGACGACCUUCGGGGCACGCUGGCCGACGGCAGUGACCACGCGGAGAAGAGCCCCCUGUCUCUGCUGCAGGACAUGCUGGCCGCUGCGGGUGCUCAGGGGCACAACCAAGUUGACUGCUACUAAGCCCAGGGGCUGCCCCCACCGGGGGCAGGGACCCGCAUGCCAACUCGUGUUUCCACGGCCGAUGGUGCUGGAGCCAGGUGACUAGACCUGAGUUAGUGCUGCCCACUCCCUCCCCAGAGCCAGAACCCCUAUCUCGAGGUUUAGGUCAAGAAUUCAGGCUCUGGAGGAGCUGGGUCAGCAGGGAGCUGGGUGGGUGGGGGCAGGUCUGGGUAUGCGGGUGACAGCACCGGGACCCGGGAAGCAGGCUUGAUGCUGCAUCUGCUCGGCUUCGGGCUGUCGCCCCAGCCGUCACCAAGUCUCCUCUGGACGGGGGUCAGCUCCCCAGGGUUUUGCCCCUGCCCACAUCUGAGGAGCUGACAGGCCACCUUGCCGGGUGCGUUCGCGUCCUCUGAGUGCUGGAUUCAGUGGCCGUCCAGGCUGAACGCCGCACACUGGGUCAGAACUGCUGCCACAGCUGACACACUCGCUCCCCGAGUGGCUUGUUUUCUCCUCGGAAUCAUUCGCAGUUGGCCGUGCUGCUGAGCUGGUGUCUUGUCUCAGAGCACUAGAGGCAGCCCUGGUCUGGGGGGGGGGGGGUCUGUGGAGAGACCCUCCGGGGCAGCCCUCUGCCCUGGGCAUAGGGUUAGGGUCCCUUGAUGGCCCGGCUUCGCAGUGGGCGGCACAACCCCUGGGCGUCUAGGGCACAACACCCAGGUUAACGGCCUAGGCAGGAGUAGGAAUGGCAGGUCCCUGGGAGCAGACAGACGGCUCCAGCCCUGCCCCCAGGAGCCUGCUGCUGCUCGGUGGAUGGGAGCUUCCCCUAUGCCUCAGAGUUGGCCACCCCAGGCCCUCAGCACCUGGAGUGCUUAGUGGAGAGACCUAAGGGCCUGGCCGGUGACUGCCUAGUGGGACACUACCAUGUAUGGGGACCUGGGUUCGAGCCCCAGCUAUCACAUGGGAACAUCUGCAGGAGGGGAGGCUUCACAAACAGUGGAGUAAUGUUGAGAUGUUUCUUUAGUCUCUCUUUCAUCUGUGUCUCUGUCUUACAAAUAAAAAACAGUCCGCCAGGAGUGGGGGAAUUGUAAUAACACUGGUGGAGAAACAAACCUUAGGAGAGACAUGGAGAGGACUAAGCACAAGGAUCCAGGUUUGAGCCCCUCCUCCCCAUUUGCAGGGGGAAGCUUCACAAGCAGUGAAGCAGAGACCUGCUUUGGUGUCUCUCUCCCUUUCUUCCCUCUCCUAAUCUCUGUCUCUGUCCAGUAAAAUGGGAAAAGUGGCCUCCA